UGCUCUCCGAUCCGAUAGCCUCCUUUUCAGUCUUGAUGACUCAGUGAUGCUACUAAGAAUACAGAUCUCGGCCCAUUGAUCCCGUUACUGCUUUCGUGGGUGACCUAAAGGCAAGCCUUGCCCGGGUGUUCUACCGACCGGAUAGCUGGUGACGUUAAUCGACUCGACCCUUGCUGUCGGCGCGGUCGCUUAUCAAUUCCCGUUGAUUCUACCAUUGCAGUUUAUCGGCCUGAAGAGAAAGGUGCUCUAGAUACCAUUUUUCGAUAUGACCCCUGCAAGAGGGAGAGGCCCAAGUCAAAGGAGUCCUCAUGUCCUGGUGACCGACUCCCGAGACCAGCAAAUUGCUCAACCCCGUCGUCGCCGUUCCCCCUCAACUCGUUUCAUCACAGUGGACAAUGUCCUCCAAUAUACCUCCGAUGUCCCCUCCAUGCAGCAGCGCCAUCCGCCCCAAGGUAUCCGCGCUCGUCCACGGUCUCGCCUCGCCUCUGCCGCGGGCGGGUUAAUAGGCACUGGUGGAGCUGGCGCCUCCGGCGGAGGAACCAGUGCAGUUAGUACGGCAGCGACAAUGGGACGACUUGCAGCUCAGCCGCGUCUGCCUCCUCGAACGACUAAAGUUAGUGAGAAGCUGGUGCUUUUGCCGGAAGCGGAAGAUAAAUUGCACGAGGAGGAGGAUGAGGAAGAAGACGAGGAGACGGUGGAUGAAGAGUUCGUGCAGAAGAUCGCGAAGGAUAAGAACUUGAAUCCGGACUCGGUGAGACAGACGUUACUGGCGCAGAAAAAACUGGACGGGGAUUUUGGCGUUGAUAAUGAUAUCGCGCCUUUGCUGGCGGAGGAAGAGUUACUGCGGAGGAGAAAGGUCGCCCCGGAGAAGGCGAAGAGUUAUGCGGAACGACUGCCCAAGGCUAGGAGAGCGGAAAAGCUGGCGCGCGUGACGGCGUAUUGUACGGCGCAGGCUUAUAAGAUGAGUUCGUUGGCUUCGUUUGUGAAGGAGAGACAUGGAGGGAGGACCAAGCUUUAUGACGAUUGUUUGUAUACGGCGUAUCAUCUGCCGUUGUUGCCGGGGUAUGAUGGUUACAGGCUGAGGAGUAGUCCGGUGGUGAAGAAGCCUGGCGGCAAGUCGCUUCUUGAUGAGGAGAUUGAACGGAAUGAGCUACGCGAUCAUCAUGAAGACUACAUGGCGGAGGCGGAGGAGCAUUCGGUGUUUGGGCGCCAUGAACAUGGCUCACCGCGACAGGUUGAUAAUGAGAUGCAUCGGCAGGCUGAGGAAGACCAUGCCGGGUCGGAUUCGAGGGAACAGCACGGCCAAGAUAAUGGACAUCCGGCUCCGACUGCUGCACCACCUUCGACGCAGCUGUCGUAUAAUGUGGCGGAAAUGUUCGUCUUCAGCUACGGAGUCGUCGUGUUCUGGAACUUUACCGAAAAACAAGAGAAAGAUCUCCUGGCUGAUUUGGCAUUUGCAACAUCGUCUGCGACUGGGACACCCAUUCCACUGGCUACCAUGCCUCUGCAGGAGGAGGACUUUGAAACAGAGGAAUUCCACUUCGAAUACUCCACUGAAAUCUCACGCCCGCGCGUCUAUAACGACAUGAUCACUCUGCGGAGCGGCGACCACAUGAUCAAGCUGGCCAUCAGUCAUGGCAUUGCGCAGAGCACCAAACUCUGCUUCUUCGAGGAAGUCAUGGCUCGCCAGAUGGCUGAGGCCAAGGACGUUCCUCGCCGUUUGGCCAUGACAGGCAACCUGGGCAUGAAGCGAGAUGAAGUCUUCCGGAUUCUGGGCAGUCUGUUCAAGAGCCGGGUUGAAGUGAACCUCUCCUCCAACAUGCUCGACGUCCCCAACUUCUUCUGGGAGAGCGAGCCAACUCUCUACCCGCUCUACAUUGCUGUCCGCGAAUACCUCGAAAUCAAGCCCCGAAUCCAAGUGCUCAAUGAACGCUGCCGUGUUUUCCUCGACCUGGCCGAGAUCCUUUCCGACUCGAUAGCCGACAACAGAACCUCUCACCAAACCUGGAUCAUUAUCGUCCUGAUCAUCAUCUCCAUCCUCGUCACCACCUCCGAAGUAUUCCUCCGUUUCGGUCUCCUCUCCGCCCGUGAAGGCGGCACCUCCACGACAAUAACCACUAUCCUCACCCGAGCUCUAGGCAAUUCUCCAGCACCGGUCUGCUCCUGCCCAGCUCCUGCUCCAGGCAUGGGUGGAUUGAAUGCGACCGGCAUGCCUUUUUGAUAAUUUCUUCCCUACCCCUUCUUAUCUAUAUACCUACCUAAUACAUAAGUAUCCACUGUUCUCUCAUCCUUACAUUCAGCAACCCUCUUUACACUGCAUUGCCUUGUUCUAUCCCCUUCCCUCACAAUAGCAACUAACCUGACCUAUUACAAAGCUUCUCCCGUAAAUGCAGACAAAAUCAGUAUACUUAUUUCCGGAUUCACCCCCCUUUCCUUCCUAUAAGUAAGAGAGAGAACGAUUUCAACUUCGUC